GCCCCGCCCGCCCGCCGUGCGACUCCUGCUUCUCCGGCUGCGUGGGACCGCGGCGCGCGGGGCUGCUCCGCUCUCCACGUUCUGAGCGCCGGCCUGGGCGCCCGCUGCCAGCAUGGACAUUUGCCGCGUGUCGCAAAGGGAUCUCAGAGUAAAGAAGAACUUCAAGAAAUUCAGAUAUAUGAAGUUGAUUUCCAUGGAAACCUCGUCAUCCUCUGAUGACAGUUGUGACAGCUUUGCUUCUGAUAAUUUUGCAAACACGAAACCUAAAUUCAGGUCAGAUAUCAGUGAAGAACUGGCAAAUGUUUUUUAUGAGGACUCUGAUAAUGAAUCUUUCUGCGGCUUUUCAGAAAGUGAGGUGCAAGAUGUAUUAGACCAUUGUGGAUUUUUACAGAAACCCAAACCAAGGCCAGAGGUCAAUACAGAACUGGCCAGUAUUUUUCAUGCCGACUCUGACGAUGAAUCAUUUUGCGGUUUCUCAGAGAGUGAGAUACAAGAUGGAAUGAGACUGCAGUCAGCCAGCGAAGGCUGCAGAACACGCAGUCAGCACCGACGUUCUGGAACUCUACGGGUGGCAAUGACAUUUCCAGCACGGAAUAGCAGGGGGUCAGCCAACAAAAACAACCCCCCCUCAGCCUCAGGGACCUCUGUGACUGAUGCCAGUUCUGAUUCAGAUGAAGAAAAUGGCAUGAAUUUUUUGGAGAAAAGGGCUUUAAAUAUAAAGCAAAACAAAGCAAUGCUUGGCAAAACUCAUUCAGAAUUAGAAAGCUUCCCUGGCUCAUUCCCUGGAAGACGUUCUCUACCAGGCCCCCGUUCACAAUCCAAGACACCCCGAAGGCGUACGUUCCCAGGUACUGCAUCUAGGAGAAACCCUGAGCGGAGAGCUCGCCCUCUUACCAGGUCAAGGUCACGGGUUCUUGGGUCCCUCAGUGCUCUUCCCACAGAGGAAGAGGAGGAGGAGGAAGAAGAAGAUAAGUACAUGUUGGUGAGAAAGAGGAAGACCAUGGAUGGCUACAUGAAUGAAGAUGACUCGCCCAGAACUCGUCGCCCAGGAUCCAUGUCCCUUCCGCAUACAAUUCGCCCAGUGGACAAAAUUACAGAGGAAGAGUUGGAGAACAUCUGCAGCAACUCUCGAGAGAAGAUAUAUAGUCGUUCAUUGGGAUCUACCUGUCAUCAAUGUCGCCAGAAAACUAUCGAUACUAAAACAAACUGCAGAAACCCAGACUGUUGGGGUGUUCGAGGCCAGUUCUGUGGCCCCUGCCUCCGAAACCGUUACGGUGAAGAAGUCAAGGACGCCCUUCUGGAUCCAAGCUGGCAUUGUCCUCCUUGUCGUGGAAUCUGUAACUGCAGUUUCUGUAGGCAGCGUGAUGGACGGUGUGCAACUGGGGUCCUUGUGUAUUUAGCCAAAUACCAUGGCUUUGGGAAUGUGCAUGCCUACUUGAAAAGUCUGAAACAGGAAUUUGAAAUGCAAGCAUAAUACCUGGAAGAUUCACUACUUGGCUUCCACUUCUCAGAUCUUUCUUGUUAAACUUUUCACUUUUGUCAGUUGAUUGAAACCCCAGUUAACACUUUUGAUGAUCAGUCUGUUUUACGGGAGACCCAAAUCAAGUUAUCUCAUUAGACAUACAUUCUGGGGCAUGAUGGAGAUGUAUUGCUAGUUAUACUUUGCCCUCCUGCAGUUUCUCCUCUGCUUCUCCCCCAGCUUACCCUCCUCUCUUUCCAGCGGUCCUCUCCACUACUUAUUUCCUGAAUUCUUUUCAGAUGACAGUUUUAUGAAAGUGUGUUUUGUUUCGUUGGUGCUGAAAUCGCUCUCAACUCCCCUGAUAAAACCAAGCAAUUAGAAGCCAGUAGUAGCAUUCACUAACUAGGUCUGUUGAAUUCCAGAGAACAGCCCUCCGACUUGUUACGGGAAAACAAACUUUUGUGAUUUAGCAAUCAUAUGUGUUGACAUUUUUAAUAGGAUCAAGACACAAAAGUCUUAAAACCAUUUGGAAAAAGUAGGUGAUUGUCACAAAGUGGAAUUUAUGAUGCAGCAUGAUAACAUUCCACGGAUUGUGCUUGUUGAAACUUAGUUGCUGCAAAUUUCUUCCAUCAUGAGGUUAAUUUGUGCAUUUGGCUUACGCAGCCAUGAUCCAGAGGUUUGUGGGCAAUGUUAUACUUAAAAUCAUUGUAGGAAACACAUCCUGGGAAAUAAGGAUGUUGAUACUUCAGGAGUAGGCUAAUUGGAAAUUCCUGGUUUAAAACUUAAAUAUCAUUGUAAUUCUUGCCAAGUUUAUUUCAGUUCUUAUGGGAGGCAAUUCAAGUUAAUUCUUGGACCGUUGUAUGUAGAAAAUUGAUACUAAUACUAAUCUACCAUGCUUUGCAGAUUUUGCUUUCUUGAAGAAAUUAUAAGGUAGGCACAGGGUUCAUGUUCAGUUUUUUAAGUGCUUUUUACAACAAUGAGAAAUGCCUUUUUGGAGAUGGGUGACUUUCAGAAGUUCGUAACUUAACUCUGCCAGUUUACUUUGUGGGCAGGACUUAUGUUCCCCAACCCCCAACCCCCUCUUUUUUCCUUCGUUAAUCAAAUAAUUUGGUAGGGGUGGAAUCGAACUGCUUGUAUGUCCAUUUUACUUUGUGUAUCCAACUUGUUGCUGUGCCUGUUCAGUGUUUGAUGCAUAAUUGGACCUUUAAUCAAUACAUGUAAAUAGAGCUUUUGAUCUGUAAUACUUUUAUACUAAAGUU